AUGGAGUAUUCGCCGCUCGCCUGGCUGUCUUACCCGCCAACUCAUCUUGCCUUCCUGGACACCGUUCAGAACAGAGCCCAGCGGCUAGUGGAACGGAAGACGCCCGUAAAUGAGCCGCCACCACAUUUUCAGUCCCUUCAACAUUGGAGAGAUGUAGCUGGCCUUUGCGUCUUCUACAAGAUACAUAAAGAAAAUAGUUCCCCGCUGACAUCGCUACGACUUCCACCAGCAGACGCACCCACGUACGGGACAAGAAAUGCCAGUAAUCGAAUCCAAGAAGUCCAGGUUCUCUUCACGAGAACUGAGCUCUAUCUUCGCUCCUUCCUGCCUAAAUUUUCUAGAAUGUGGAACAUUUUAGCUCAGCAAACUAACCUGCUUUAUCUCGACACAUUACAGCUGUUCAAGUCAGCAGUGAAUGCUUGGAGAUUACAAUAUGAACCAGGCUAA